UCAAGAGGAGCAGGUGGGGCGGUCUGCUGCUGUCCCCUGAGCAGAGGCUGCUCAGGGAAGGUCGGGCACCUGAAAACCCUCCUGUCUUUGCUGCCUGUUGACCAUGAGUGAACUCCCACCUUUGACCCCCCUGGGGUCCUCAGGACUCCAAAUAAACAAAGGCUUCCAGUGCUCCUCCGAGGAGGUUCCUCCAGCUGCAUCAAAGCCUCGGCACAGCCUGGGGGUCCUCCAUGUCUCCUACAGUGUCAGCCACCGCGCCGGGCCCUGGUGGGACAUCACGUCUUGCCGGCAGCGGUGGAACAGGCAGAUACUGAAAGACGUCUCCUUGUACGUGGAGAGCGGGCAGAUCCUGUGCAUCCUGGGGAGCUCAGGCUCAGGGAAAACCACACUGCUGGAUGCCAUGUCCGGGAGGCUGCGGCGCACGGGGACCUUGCUCGGGGAGGUGUUUGUGAACGGCCAGGCGCUGCGCAGGGACCAGUUCCAGGACUGCUUCUCCUAUGUCCUGCAGAGCGACACUCUGCUGAGCAGCCUCACCGUGCGCGAGACGCUGCGCUACACAGCGCAGCUGGCCAUCCGCGGUGGCUCCCGGGCCUUCAUUGAGAAGAAGGUGGAGGCGGUCAUGGCGGAGCUGAGUCUGAGGCACGUGGCAGACCGACUGAUCGGCGACUGCAGCUUUGGGGGAAUUUCCAGUGGUGAGCGGCGCCGCGUCUCCAUCGCAGCCCAGCUCCUGCAGGAUCCCACGGUCAUGCUGUUUGAUGAGCCAACGACGGGCCUGGACUGCAUGACUGCCAAUCAGAUCGUCGUCCUCCUGGCAGGGCUGGCUCGCAGGGACCGCAUCGUGAUCCUCACCAUCCACCAGCCCCGCUCUGAGCUCUUCCAGCUCUUUGACAAAAUCGCCAUCCUGAGCUUCGGAGAGCUGGUUUUCUGUGGGACACCGGUGGAAAUGCUUGAGUUCUUCAGUGGCUGCGGCUACCCUUGUCCUGAACAUUCAAACCCUUUUGAUUUUUAUAUGGACCUGACAUCAGUGGACACCCAAAGCAGAGAACGGGAAGUGGAAACCUACAGAAGAGUCCAGAUGAUUGAGUCUGCCUACAAAGAAUCAGCAAUUUAUCACAGGACCUUGGAGCGCAUUGAAAGAACAAAACACCUGAAAACGUUACCAAUGGUUCCUUUCAAAACCAAGGACUCCCCUGGAACUCUUCCUAAACUGUUCAUUCUCUUGAGGAGAGUGACGAGAAACUUAAUGAGAAAUAAGCUGGCAGUGAUUAUGCGUCUGGUUCAGAAUCUGAUCAUGGGUCUGUUCGUCAUUUUCUUCCUCCUACGGAUCCAGAACGAUGUGCUAAAAGGGGCUGUCCAGGACCGCGUGGGUGUCCUGUACCAGUUUGUGGGGUCCAUGCCCUACACAGGCAUGCUCAACGCGCUGAAUCUGUUUCCUGAGCUGCGAGCUGUCAGCGACCAGGAGAGCCAGGACGGCCUGUACCAGAAGUGGCAGAUGCUGCUGGCCUACGCGCUGCACGCCCUGCCCUUCAGCGUCAUCGCCACCGUGGUUUUCAGCAGCGUGUCCUACUGGACUCUGGGCUUAUACCCCGAGGUGGCCAGAUUUGGAUACUUCUCUGCUGCUCUCCUGGCCCCCCACAUAAUUGGUGAAUUCCUAACUCUCAUGCUGCUUGGAAUGGUCCAAGACCCAAAUGUGGUCAACAGCGUGGUGGCUCUGCUCUGCAUUGCUGGGGUGCUCGUGGGAUCUGGAUUCGUGAGAAACACAGAAGAAAUGCCCAUUCCUUUGAAAAUCUUCACUUAUUUUACAUUCCAAAAAUAUUGCUCUGAGAUUCUUGUAGUCAAUGAGUUCUAUGGGCGGAAUUUCACUUGUGGCAGCUCCAAUGGCUCUGUGACAGCCAACCCACUAUGCGCCUUCAGGGAAGGAGCUCAUUUCAUUGAGAGGAUCUGCCCGGGUGCAACGUCCAGAUUCACAGUGGACUUCCUGAUUCUGUACGCCUUCAUCCCGGCUCUCCUCGUUCUGGGGAUAGUUGUUUUUAAAGUGAGGGAUCACCUCAUUAGCAGAUAGUAAAGCAAGGUGUCGUGAAAACAGAACUUCAGCUCCCAGAAGUGCGUGACUGCUGUGAACAUCUGAAAUCAGAAUGCAGGUGUUUCUUUCUUGACAGCACACUUGAGGGUUUUUAAAUCAUUAAGACUCCUUUUGUGCCCUUGGAUCCAUGCAGGCCGUGAAUGCUAUUCCCAGUUGCAGGGAUGUGCAGUGUUUGGAAAUGGUGACUAAGCCAGUCCAAAACUGUAGAUAACAAUAAUUCACAAGGUCAUGGAGACUGUGCUAUUUCUUUUCUUUGCACAGAAAAAUAGGUCGAUUAAAAAAUUAUGCUGAUGUUUGACAAAGGAUUCAGUAAAAAGAAAACAUUUGAAUAGUUACAGCCUGUAAGUAAUAGAAAAGGGAGCUGUGUGUGUGAUUAAAGCAAAGUAUCCUCAGAACUGGGUAAGAAUGCUUUCAUUACCACUGAAAUGCCCUUAAUUCUGUGCACAAGUCCAAGUGAGGGUUCUGAGUUACCCGGUUGUGUGGAGGGGAUGGUGGACAGAUGCGGGAUGGUGAAGACCGCUGAGACAGAGCACUCGGUGAUUUGGGGGAGAACUAACAUGAAAAAUUGCGUGAUUGGGCCGAACUGAGUGCAUAGCACACCUCUAGGAUUGUCUUUAAAGAUUAGUUGACUGUUCUUCACUCUCCACUUAGUUUAUUUACACAAUGAGAAGUAAAUGUUAUUAGAUAAAGUGACUAUACCAAGAAAUGACAUCUUUAAGGUUAGACAGCCAUUGUUUAAAGUCCAUAUAAAAAUGCUCAGCUGACACACUUACACUCAGAAGAACAGGGUCACACACUAGGAGUUCAUGUUCUCGGAUUGUAAAGGGAAAGAAUGCUGAUAAGUACAAACACCUAUGUUACAUAUUUUUAGGGGUCAAAUGUUGUAUGUAGAUGGUAUAUAAAUGGCUUAUAUACUAAAUGACUGAUUAUCUUUUUGAUUGAUCUUAAAGUAAUUCAUACAUAAGUCUGAAAUAAAGCUGUGUCAGUGUUACCAUGGUAACUCUGAGAGAGAUA